UUCACUGCAGAACGAGCUAUAAGCCAGAAUCAGCUGUAAAGACAUCAAACAAGCAGCAAUCUGGAGUCACAGCUCUCUGGUUCAGUACAAAAUUGGCUGUGGCAGCUUUAACAGCUUUUUAACUGAUACAGCCAAUCAGUUCCAAAGUAGAUAUUAUGUUUUAACAUGGGACAAAUGAACACUCAGUUGACAUAGGAAAACCAAGCUACAAGAUGUGAAUCAACUUUAAACUGCACAACCAUUUUCAGAAAUAAAUAAAAGAAAACUGAGAUAUUCACCCACAUAAUACAUGAACAUGGAGUAAACCUUUCAAAAACCAGAACAAUACUACGAUUACAUACUGUGUUAGUUACUAAUUGUAAAAACUGUCUGCCUAUUUAUUAACAACAGUGUCAACAAUAAUGGCUUAUUCCUAACAUUUUGUAUCUCUUAGAAAUGAUUUUCUAACAUGGGGAGUCUGUUAACUUAAACCAAUGAACACAAUACUGGAAGUGUAUCCUUUAGCAACAGAAGCUUAUUAGCCAGUAGUAUUAUUAUAAACACCAGAAAUUCAAACUGGGAAUCAUUUGGAGCUCUGAAAGGCACAGUUAAACAGUAAAAGUGCAGAUAGAGUAUUUCAACAUUGAGUGAAGAUUAUUUAGUGAAUUCAUUUUAUACUUUCCAAUAUUUAUUCUUUGGUUUGGUAAAUAUGUCUCUAAUAAAAAUGCAUGUGUAAAUGGAGAGUUCAUUUUCAAAUUUUACUGCUUGCUUGACUUUGAAAUUGUUCCUGUGAUCAUGUAUUCAAAAAUUUCUGCUUGACUGAUCUGAAAGGAUGGGAUUUCUGAACCUCAUUAAGGAAGAAUUUCAGCACACUGGAAAAAAAAUUAGCUCUGUGUGAUAAUAAGUGAAUAGGUAACAUUAUUUUUCUUAAUUAUUUUUCUUAAUGAAAUCUAUUACUGAACUUCAAGAAACCUUGUAAGUGCCUAGCUUACAAUGCAGAGCUGCAGAUCCUGCAAGAUGUGUGGAAGGUGAAAGUGUCUGCUCCUUUAAGGGUGACUGGCCAAGGACUUUCUCAUCACAAAAAGGGAUGGUAAGAAAAGGAGGAACCUAUAAACAAGAACACAGACAGACACAAACCCAAGAAACUAAUGUAAUGAAAGCAGUAACUGGACAAUCACAUUGUUUGGUAAUGCAGAAUGUGAGACUAUGUCUUCCAGUACUAUUGUCUGAUCAAGGACCUUGUCAAGUGGGAUACCAAGGAAAAGGGAGAUGUAAUAAAAUAAACAGAGGCACAAACCUAACAGACAAAUGUAACAGAGACAUAGACAAAAUGGGGAACAGGCAGAAGGGGUAGGAGAGGGGCCAGUCGUGUGUGAACUGUGGCUGGCUAUUGUGUUUGACUGAGCCCUGUGCCCAGUGGCCACAGACUGUCUUAUCCCCUAUUAAAUUCUCUUUCAGUGACUUCUCUAUGUGAUGUCAGACAACCCAAGAGAGGCAGGCCAUGAGCUAGAGGGCCUUGAUCUUCCACAGGCAUCCAGGAAGACUGUUCCACCUGCAGCAGUUAGUCUCCAGCUGGGGCAGGAGGCAAAGGGACACAAUCCCCAAACAUUCCUUUUGGCAGUGAGUAGGCCUCAUAGAAAUCCCACCCUGACUCUGGAAUUUCUUUUUUGCCACUUGUACAGAUUCUCUUCAGCACAUGGGUACCGUCACUUCCCCAGCGUUUCCACCACCAUCACCACUGCUCUCUGGCACACUUUCCUCAGCAUAGCUCUUCUGCUGCAAGUGAAUCCCAUGGAAAAGGCAAUGCAUACUCUUCGUGCUCUCCAGGGUCACUUGACUACUUCAGCUACCUACAGCUCUAUUAUUAUUACUCCAGACAAACCAGCCAAACAGAGUAAGCUGAGAUGAGGGAUAGCAGGAACUGCUAGCUCUGGCAACAAAAUCUGCUACUGUGCACUAAAAUAAAAGCUCCUUUUAGGGCAGUCUCACAUUUUAUUUUCCUCUGGGUAUUGUUUUCACACUUAUUAAUUUUCCACUUUCCUUCCCGUUUGUGUGGAACAGAAGAACUGAACCACUGCCAUUAAACUAGUGAUGCCAAAAUACAAUCUGAAUUACUUUUGUAAAUAUUAUCAUUUAUCCUCUGCCACAUCAAAGUUCUCCACCAAACAUUUAACUGCAGGGAUUUCUUUUGAAGACAAAAAAGAACAAGCCAAUAGUUGACCUCCUGUCUGACCUCCUGGAUUUUGAAGUAUUUGCUCAGAAGCUGAUGAACUAUGACAUCAAGUUAUGGGAUGCAGUCAUCACACCAAAGGGAUGGAUUGCCAUUCAGAGGGACCUAGACAGACUUGAGCAGUGGGCCCAGCUGAAUCUCCUGAGGUUCAACAAAUGCAAGUGAAAGGUCUUGCACCUGGGUCAAGGGAACCCCAUUACCAAUAUAAACUAGGAGAUGAAAGGAUUGAGCGCCCUGGUGAAAAAGACCUUGGGGUACAGGUGGUACUGGCAAGCUGGACAUGAGCCAAAAAUGUGCCCUCACAGCUCAGAAAACCAACCAUAUCCUGGGCUGCAACAAAAGAUGUGUGACUAGCAGGUCAAGAGAAGUGAUCCUGCCCCUUUGCACUGGUGAGGCCUCACCUGGGGUACUGCUUGGUGUCCUCAGUACAGGAGAGACAUAGAGCUGUUGGACUGUGUCCAGGGCGGGGCCACAAAAAUAAUCAGUGGAAUGGAACACCUUUCGUAUGAGGACAGGAUGAGAGAGCUGGGGCUCUUCAGCCUGGAAAAAAUUGUGAGGUGACCUGAUAGAGGCCUUGUUUAUUGUAGGGGACUUAGACUAGACGGCUCUCAGAGGUCCCUUCCAACUCUAAGGGUUCUAUGAUUCUGUGAACUAAAUGAAGAAGGUAGAUUUCUCAUAUUGUAGCAUCUAGAUAUUGUUACAAAUGAGGAUGUUACUGUCACAUUUCUCCCUGGAAAUGCUUUUUCUUUCUAGUUUUGACUGUGUGUCCACAGGCUUGCAACAGCUGUGACUGGGUUGUGCCCACCCAGCUCUUCAAAACCUCCAGGCUUAUGGAUUCUACCAUCUUGCUGGUAUGAUUUGUCUGUCUCCAGCCUAAUCCUACCAAUAGCAGUUCAUAUCAACUGCCUCUUCCCUUUUUCUGCAACAUGCUGAACUGGUCCUGGCCACACAAGCCUUUUCUGCAGGACAAGUGCUCCAGCCUUACUGCACAAUGCCAAUAGCAAGUAGACAUAAUAAUGGGAAUGGAAUGCGCAGAGGCACUGCAGAAAAGCCGGAUGCCAUUGCUGGGCUUAGAGUGCUGCUUAGAUGACCGUUGUGACGUCACUGGCACCGCUCCCCUACGUGAGGGAUAGUGACAUACGCAGCAGGGGAUUGUGACCUCUUGGCCCUGGCUGCCUGUAGCCGGGCACAGAGUCUCUCACUCUCACUUGUGCCCGCACUUCAGCCGAGCGUGUCCGUGAGGUUUGGAGCGAGUAGCAAGGAUAGCCUUGGUGCUGGUCUCGUGCUCUGGGAGCUGCCGACAGCCGCUCUCAGUGCUCGUCCCCAGAGCCACUAGAGCUUCUUCCCCGCCCUGCCUGGCUCAGGCAGCCGGGGCAGACAGCAGGCCGCAGCAGCAAAGGGAACCGCGUGACCCCUGCUGCUGCAGCAGCGGGGUGAGGAGCAGCCCCUCAUCCCCUUUGCUCUCCUGUCCACCCAGCAGCUGGACAGCAUGGCCACCGAGCUGGACCGUCGCUGCCCCAUUUGCUUGGACACCAUGGAUGACGCCAGCCAUGUGAUGCCAUGCCUGCACCAGUUUUGCUUUGGCUGCAUCCGGCGGUGGGCUGAGAGCAGGCCCACGUGCCCCCUCUGCAAACGCAGGGUGGAGUCCAUCCUGCACUCAGUGCGUGCCGACGACAGCUUUCAAGAGGUUGUCGUCGGCCAGCAGGAGAGGGCCAGAACAGCACCCCGCCAGGCAGCACCAGCACAAGAGCAGCCAGGGGCGGUGCCCAUUUCCCGCCAGCCUCCAGCUGUGCUCCGGCCCCUGCUGCCCUGGCUGCGCCAGGAGCUGGGGCAGCUCUUUGGGGCUGACCACAGGGCAGCCGCUGCAGCACAGCGCCGCGUCAUCUCUGGCCUGUGCUUCUUUGGUCUGGACGGGGGAGCGCUGACUUUGUGGCUGCUCAGCUCCAUGCGAAGCCAGACCGCCGGCUUUGUGCGACGGCUCGUCGUGCAAGCUGGAUAUGUGUGCAAUGGGCUGGUGCCACCCACUGGCCCGGAGGCCUCCCGCGCUGCCACGGGACAGGAGGGCAGCCGCGCAGCUGCCCAUGGUGCAGCUGCCUCCCAGGCACAGACACCUGUCUCCGGUCCACGGCCCUCCAGCAGCACCGGCGAAGACAACGUUCCUGUGCCCUCAGCCGCUGCCCUCAGGGAGGGGCCCAGCCAGCCUCCAUCCCUCCCGGCUCCAUUGCGGACUAGCCAACAAGCAGCCCAGGAGGAGCCAGGGGAGGCAGUGCCGGGUCCCUCCAGCACCAACAGGGCCAGGGAGCGCUCACGCAGGGCGCCUCGGCGAGCCCCGAAGAGGAGGGCCCACGACUCUGAGGCCCCUGCACCUCCUGCCAAGAGGCCACCCCGCCGGCAGCGCUAGGACACCGCCCCAGCAGCUGGUGAGAACAGGGCCGGGCCUGCAGCUGGGG